AUUCCGUCAAAAACCCGUCAAGUUGUGAAAAGUUGAAAAGUGGAAAAUGUUCGUUCCUUGUAACGAAAGAAAAUAAUUAAUAACUUAAAAAAUAAAACCGAAAUGCCUGUUAAAAUAUAAAUCUCCCACAAAACUCACCAUCCGUGAAAUACCGUUGUCUUUUCUAAAAGCUAAUAUAUACAAAAACAAAAUUGCAAAUUUCCCAAAUCUCUAAUGUAUUUGUCACAAAGUGAAAACAAAGUUUGCAGUAACAUUUUUAUUUAUUAUUUAUAUCAUCGAACGACGGCGACGAUAACGACGAAGAAGACGACGACGACAACUAGCCAGAAACAGACACAAAAUCAAAACCACAAUCAGAACCAGAGGGACGAAAAAAGCAACGACACAAGGAACAAUACACAACACCAAUAAUGGCUGGCCAACUAGAUCCCAAUGUUAAGGACGAUUUGAAAACUCAAUUUGUCACAAGAGAGGGCACCUAUCGCCUGAUGACUCUAUCGGAAUAUUCACGACCUAAUCGAGUGGGUUAUACAAACAGUCAAAGUUCACCACAGGUGCGGGUGUCCAUUGUUUCCUUGCCAAAUCCUACAAAUGGACCGCUUUCCUCGACCACCAAUUGCGCAGUCAAUAGUUCCUCCACCAGCAGUUCGGCGGUGGCGGCGGCGGCGGCAGUCACUUCGUCGUUGUCAUCUAGCAAUGGCGGUGGAGGCGACUCUUGCAACAACAACGAUCGGCAGAACAGCUACUCCAAUUCCAAUUCUAAUUCGAACGCAGUAGUCACUGGUUUGUCGUCUUCAUCAAUCGAUUCGCGUCUCGGCGCUGGAAUCUCGGGUAUCCACAUGAAUGGCGAUCACAACGGAGGACUCGGUGGUGGCAAUAUGUUUGGCGGCGAUCGGAUCUGCUUCAAUUUUGGAAGGGAACUUUACGUCUAUGCCUUCCGUGGUGUCAAGAAGGGUUCUGAAUUAAGCAAACCAAUUGAUAAAAAGUUCUACAAAGGUAUAAAUCCAAGUUGCCAUGACUUUAAUGCACAUGCGGCUACACCAAGUGGAGCACCUCUCUUAGUUGGAUUCACAACAGGCCAAAUCCAACUAGUACAACCACAGCCGGGUCCACGUGAACUUAGAAAAAUUUAUAAUGAAGAGCGCCUGAUUGACAAAACAAAAGUAACCUGCUUAAAGUGGUUACCACGUUCGCCAAAUCUAUUUUUAGCAUCUCAUGCAUCAGGUCAUCUUUACUUGUACAAUGAAGAACUACCCUGCACGCCAACUUCGCCAAACUAUCAGCCUUUCAAAAUGGGUGAUGGUUUUACGAUUCUCACAUGCAAAUCCAAGUCCACCCGGAAUCCUCUCUACAAAUGGGUUUUUGGAACGGAGAAUUGCAACAUAAAUGAAUUCUGUUUUUCGCCAUGCGGCUCGAAUCUUGCUAUUGUCUCGCAGGAUGGUUUCCUGCGAGUCUUUCACUAUGACACAAUGGAAUUGCUCGGUAUUGCUCGAUCCUAUUUCGGAGGCUUCUUGUGCGUAUGUUGGUCGCCAGAUGGCAAAUACAUCGUGGUGGGUGGUGAGGAUGACCUGGUUACAGUGUGGUCGCUGCAUGAGCGUCGAGUUGUAGCCCGUGGACAGGGACACCGGUCGUGGGUGUCGGUGGUGGCGUUUGAUCCUUACACAACGUGUUACUCGAAUUGGGAUGGAGGUGAUUUUUCGGAUGACGAAAAUCAAGUAAGUGAGUACAGCAACCACCGCUAUGGCAGUGGCAGUGAUUCCAACCACGGUUUCGAAUGCAGCAGCAGUGGUGGCGGUACCACUGCCGCUGCUGUGUCCGCUGGCCCUAGCACUGGUGAAAAGAAUCCCACACCUAAUGCACGACAGCGUCCGAAUUCAUUCCGAGAAAGUUUAGCCCCUGACAAACUAGCCAUAAGCUAUCGCCUGGGUUCUGUAAGUCAAGACACUCAACUAUGCCUUUGGGAUAUAACCGAGGACGUGCUGAGGCAUCCUUUGACUCUCCGACAACGGGUUAACAGCACCAAUUUGAAUGAAACUAGUAACAACACAAGCAACAAUACCAGUGCGCAUCUGAAUGGAGACAUCCAUGACGUAAAACUUAUCAAGCCAUUCGCAAUGACUUCCACUCCCGGAGUCACCAAUGGCAGCAACCCCAAUUCGAUUAUCACCAAGGAUCACGAUAGCAGUAAUUGUAGCAGUAAACAUAGUAGUAACAGUAGUUCGGGUAAAUUCUCAACAGCGAAUUGCACGUUAUCGUCAUCGUCGACAGCAUCUCCGGCCAACGACACAGCCGCCACUGUCCCCGGAUCGUCGGCGAUAAAUAUUGGCAGUGCAGCUGAAAUAGUUGUAGCAAACAAAUCAAAUUGUAGUAAUAGUAGUAAUAGUAAACCAUCUAAUAACCCAUUGAAAUUCCCUAACUGCAUCAGCGCCACCACAUCCGAUCUAAUCGAUAUUGGGAGCAGCAAUAGCAGCAGUGUUGGCGUUGGCAUAGGCAACAACGUCAACGCAAAAUCAUCGUCUGGAAUUUCAUCAACCAAGUCCGAUGAUUCGAAUAUAUCAACGCUUCGCAAUUUAACACAACGAGUAUCGAACUUUUUCAGCAAUGAAAAGAAGUCCUCGUCUUCUUCGACCUCUUCGUCGACAUCGACGACAACGGUUUUUGAUAACAGUCAACCUAAUAACCACUACAAUCAUCAGAAUCACCCUGGUGGUGGCGGUGGAGGCGUCGGCGUCGGUGGCGGGCGACACAGUAGCCAUCGAAAGUUAUUUAAAUCAUACGUAAGUGGUAAUAACAGCAGCAGUAGCAACCAUCAGACAUCUUUUAUGACAGCACCAAAUAGUAGUGGAGGAUGUAAUUCAAUUGACGGCAAUGGAAUUGGAAUAGGUGGUACUUUGAAACUAGGAUCCAAAUCGUCAACACUUCAAUCGCCUACGGGAGCGAUUGUUACAUCUUACGAUCCAAUGAAACUUAUCGGUACGCAAUCGUGUCCAAGGUUUGACGAAUGUCCUCUGCUGGAGCCACUUGUGUGCAAGAAAAUCGCCCAUGAACGGCUAACAGCUUUGAUAUUUCGAGAGGAUUGCUUUCUAACGGCUUGUCAGGAUGGAUUUAUUUAUACAUGGGCGAGGCCAGCAUAUUCAUCGAAUGUUCCUCAACAUAUGUCGCCUAGUCCCAGUGCACCUCCAGGAGAAAGAAAAACACCUUUAAAAUAAUAAAGAAGGCAAACCCUCACAUUUUAUCAUAAAAUAAAAAAGAAAAAACACAAAUUGAAAGCAACGUGCAAGUGAUCAUCAAAAUAAAAUAAAACAAAACAAAAACAAAGAAAAGAAAUAAAAAGUUAAUGUUAAUUAUUGUAUGAAAUAAUAAUCUGUUUCUAUGAAGUUUUAAUUUUCUAUUUAUUUAAUUUUAUUUUAAAUAACAAAAUACAAAAGAGACGUUUAAAGCGGUCUCCUUUUCUAUUUUCUUUCAUUAUUUUUUAUUAUUAUUAUGUAUUAUAUAUUAAUGAUAUAAUUAUUAUUAUUAUUGCUCUAUAUUAUAUAUCGAAAUAUAUUAUUUAGUUUUACGUUGAUUUAUAAUAAAACAAGAAAAAAAAUAUGCAAAUAAGAAUAUAUAUAAUUUUAUCAUGUUGAACUAUAAAAAAAUAAAAUAAAACUAGUUUAAAUGAAAAUGAAAAGAAAUAAUUAAAUUAAAUUAAAUAAAAUUAAACUAGGCAACAAAUGUACAUUCUAAGUUAUAUUGAUUUAAAAUUGCAAUUAAAUUUAAAAACAAAUGCAAAAGUAUAAAUAAAUGAAAAAGAGAAACUAAACAAACAACAAAAAAAUCAAUAAAUGAAAAUAGUAAGGGUAA